UUUGAGGAGGGUGUGUGCUGGAGCAUAGAGGGACGAGGUCAGAGAGCGAGAGCCACAGAAGAGGAGAUGCUGCACCUGUGCACGAUCACCUGAGGAGAAGCACAAUAAAAUCCCAAACACAAAGAGAGGAGCACAAAGAGACGGUAAACAUGGAGCUGCAGUCUCACAUCUGAGAGAACCUGCUCCAGCCGGCUCGCUGUCAACAAGGCCCGUCCUCCAGUCUGCGUUGGUGCCAUGGCCGAGUCAAGCUGGUGGAAGUUGACCUUCUCCCGCAAGAAGAAGUCCGAAUCCAAGGUCCUGUACGAGAUCCCGGCCGAGUACGGCAGCAACACCGGGAACAAGGAGCACUCGGGCGCCAGCCCCCCCGCCGACCACUUGGACAGCCAGUUCAGCGCCCGGCUGGAGAAGAUCGUGGACAAAUCUGCCACCAAGGGCCGGCACGUCAAGGUGUCCCACUCCGGCCGCUUCAAGGAGAAGAAGAAGGUCCGCGCCACGCUGGCCGAGAACCCCAGUCUGUUCUCCGAGCACAGCCUGAGCGACGAGAACCACAAGAAGAAGACCGACAAAUAAGUGCAGCGCCACCAAAAGGCCCAAACUGGAUCCCGACGUGUCCCAUGUCCGUGGGACACGUCGGGACGAAGGCUCCCACAUGUAAACACAACCAGGUCGCUCCCCAGUGCACGAGGUGGACAAACACUGGUUACCAGGCACCACACCCUGGUCGAUACUGUAACCAAUGGACUCACACCUAAACAAACAAGUGGUAUCAGCAGGCGGCCAUUAAACAUUCACAGAGCAGAGCGGGGGGGGGGGGGGGGGGAAGCACUUUUCUUUGGAGUGAAGUCAAAUGAGUCACGAAAGAGAAACUCGGCCCGAGCGCCGUCACGAUUAUUAAACAUUGUUGUAAUUCAUGUUUUUAUCUUUGUAGUUUUGGAUUGUAAUUUCAAUUUUUUUUAAAUGUCCAAUAUUCAAUCAGAGACGAUGUUUGUGUGUGUGUGUCUGUGUUGUGUUUUGACAGAUGCACUGGAAAUUUUUAUUACAUUUUUGGAGAUUUGAUUUCAACAACUGUUUAUAAGAUCUUCUCUGGAAUCUGCAAGAGGACAAUAAGGUGUUUUGUUUUUAAUAAACGUGUCUGGAUGCGUUGAUAUGAAA